AUGUCGGAUCUUUUCUGCUGCAAAGAUAGCGCCGGACGAUAUGUUUUCAACAUCUUUUUUAUGUCUCUUAUUGGCGCUGUGGUGGUCUUAUUUCUCGUUCUUGGCGGGUAUUUAUUCUAUAAAAGGUACAAGAAGGCGAAAAAGCGAAAAAGACUAAUGUACAGGAGCCGAGCAAACACAAACAACACUAACACAAACAGCACUGUCUUGUCAGGUGCUAGCACAAGUGAACAAAUUGCUAUUUCAAGCAAUUUUAUGCUGGGUCGGCCUCCCGCCACAGACGUUGUGCUCGGGGUUUACGGUGACGAGGCUUCGAGAAACGCAAGGACUGCGUUUUUUGAAGAGAAAGGUUGGAGAGGAUUUGCUUACUGA